AUGCCUCGCUCCAAGACCAAAGCCAAGCCGGAGGAGGCUCCAUGGCGACAGCGGGGCGACGACUACAGCCAGUAUGGAGGAAAGUGGUCGUUGUGGCCUGGAUCGUGGCGAUCUACGGGCUCGCCCAAUGCGAAGCCACGGGACAAGCCAUUCCCGUCCUACGACAGGCAGUGGACGGAGGAACAGUAUAUCCGUGUGAUCCACGAACAGCCCACAGAGGCCAAGGACACCAAGGAGGCAGCCCUUGCACAGCGCGUGCAAGCCGCUGUCAACCAGCUGCGCAAGGCAGAAGCCCGCGUAGCCAAGAUCACAUCGGACCAGAAGACCAAGGCCGAGCGCUUCGUGGAGUACGAGAAGAAGAUGAUGGCUGCGUUCGUGGAGGAACGGAGGAAAUAUACGGAGCACCAGGAGCGCAUGGCUACAGGCCUGAUCGAGGCCCAACGACAGGUGGUGGAGGCGAAGGAAGCCCUGGCACAGACUGUCGAAGGAGUUGCCGGUGUCAAGGCUAUGGAGGUGCAGAGUGGCGAAAUGGACGAAUGGACAGCCAUGAUCCAUCGCCACACGGCUCAGAGCUCCAGGGAACCCAUCGAUCCGGGGCUCAUGGAAGUCCUCAGGGCGUACAAGGCGGGCCAUCUUCCCGUGUUUCCAGGAGUUGCGCCAACGCCGAGUGCUCCACCACCGAUGGGACAACAGGUGGCUCCUUGUGCUCCUUCAGCACCAGGUCAGGCCGCUGCCUCUCGCGAGAAGCCGGCUGUGAGCGAACCUCUCGGAGACAAGGAACCCAGUGUGGAACAUGCUGUGCCCACCUAUGGUGCAGUAUCUCCGGGUGCCGCUCAGCGAGCAGCCCCAUAUCCGACGACCUCUCCGACAGCUCUGAGACCACAUGUGGAGACACCGACGCCUGUGCCGGCGAGUGCAUCCUUGCCCCAGGCACCGGCGGUCACCGGACAGGGAGAACAUCCACGGACCCCGAACCGAGUGGGAAUCAAGGAGGCCACCAUGCAGCCGCCAGCCAAACCGGAAGUCGCAGGAGCAUCGCUACAACAAAAGCUGGAGGAGCGAAGGGAGGUCGAACGUGGCAAUGCCUUACAGCCCUUCCGCGGAGGGAUGCCAUCUACACCAGCUCCGAGUACAGAACGGAAAGACCAGACGGAGGCCCAAGAUCAGCACCAAGGCUCUACGGAGGAACCGACCAAGACGAGCUUCAUCGACGACGACCUGGAUGGACCGACCGCGAGGGUCCGUUGUUCCUUCCGGAUACUCCUCUCCCAGAUGCAGCUUGUGGAGGCCACUCCCUACAGACAGGUGUGGUCAGCCCUUCUGUCCUUGCUUCGUCUCGCAGCUGGCGGUUUCGGCCUUCUGGGUUUGGAGGCCUGGUCUACCAGCACGCGACGAUCCCUCCUCGCGAGAGGUUACCCGGUAUUGGGCUUGUACCGUGGAGCCUUCUCCUCCGCCGCUUGCUUUGACACCUCUCUACAAUGCGAGGUGCCGACCCUUUGCGCUGCAUCCAUGUCCCCUGCCAAGCGUGCCAAAGAAACACAUCGGUGGCUCUGGGGUGUUCACCACGGCAUCGGAUCAGGUUGUGUGCAUGCGGUUGCCCGGACUGCAUGGGGCAUUUUUGCACUCCUGCUUGCCUCGCUCUGGCUGCGACAGGUCAUACCUCGUGGUGUACGGCCGAGAAGACUUGCUAGGCUGCUUUUCACAGGGACGUACAAGCGUGUUCUCCUUGGCUUCGCGUGUGCCACACCACGUAUGGAGCCGGUGCUCGCAUGGAAACCACUUUGCCGGCGGGUCAAGUCCGGUGGGGACCGCCCUCCAGGUUCAAGGUUUCUGUGGUACACCAUGUUCUGCCUUUGGAGCCUACCGGUUCAGAUUUGGGCGGCUCCAACAGGACUUAGCAGGACUCUUGAGGCCGUGGAAGGCCUGAUUGCCCUUGCACCGCAAUGCGCUGAGGAUGUUCGCUGGUUUGAUGACCCUCAGUUUGCGGAUCUCGGACAUUCGUGCUCUUUUCCUUUGCCGGUCGCUGAGGGAAGUCUCCGCUCUGUCGACCAUCAGUCAUGGAUAGGGGUUACUGUUCAUGCGCCUCUGUCGCAGCCUCAACACUUCGCCCUCUGGUGCCCAGGGGAACAGGGACCUCGGGACUUCUCCACCCAGGUCUUGGAGGUCAUACAACGAGAUAGACCAGGCUAUCAUGUAGCCGUGCCCGUCUAUCCUCAGCGGCAUGCAGGCUAUGCAGCCUUGAUCCUCGCGGCCCCUGAAGACGAUCGCCGUGGUCAGACUUCCGUCAUUUUAGACUUGUCACAUGUCGGAGGACACUACUAUGCGGCCACUCUGCCUGCCACUAUUCGGGUCGAGAGCUUCCUUGACAGUAUUCGGGUUCAAACUUCAGUGAGUAAUCUAGAACUCUGCCUGUGGAUGCCUCCCUUCCAGGGCCCGGUCGCAUCACAGGCAACUUUGAAUCUUGGACAUGGCGAUGUCCUCACUGUCUUGUGGGAAGGAGUCCGACCAUUGCGGCCUGUUGCCAUUGAUGAUGUCUUGAGAGCGCCCAGUGUCAGAGGCAGGAUUCAACACAUGCCCGUGGCUUCACAGGAUCCUGGUUUUCUGGUCGUCUGCCAGGACGAGCUCUUUGCGCUGCCGCUCCGACACUUACAAGGCUCCAAUCUCAAGACCAAUGUCUGCAGGGCCCUGCGAUGCGACGCGGCUUCACUUACUCUCUACUCUGUCACACUGCACAGUGGCAGUGCACAUCAAGGGGAACAUUGUGACACUGUCCUUGUCGUACAGGAUCGCAGCCAGCAAGCCGUAUGCGGCGAGGCCUGCCCUCUGCUAUGUGAUGCUCGCCAAAUGGGCCUGGGUGUGUGUGUGUGGCCCAAUGCACCGGAGCAUGUCACAGGUCAGGAUGUUCUGGAUUUUCUUGGCAUUGAGCCCUCACAUAGGAUCACUGUCUCGUCGGGGUAUGGUCCUGCGCCUGCAGAUGCCACAUACAAGAUUCGAUCUGUGCAGAUUCUUGAGUCCUGUCACCAGCCAUGCCCAUCCGGACACACGGACCUGCGAGCGGCAGCCGGGCCUACCCUACUGCAAAGACUGUACCAGGGAGCUGCGCAGGAGGAGCACCUUCCCGGACAGGGACCUCAAGAUCAGACUGAUAGUGAAACCUCGGAGGGCGCGCCGCAGCCCCAUCAUGAUCUGCAGCCGCCCGGGGACCACAGCGACCACAGUGAUGAGGGAGGCUUCGAUGCCACCUUCAUGGUCCUCCGCCUUGAGUACACUCCAAUAGAACUUCAUGUGCACCUGCCUACCGGGGUUGGAGUUCAGGAAGCGCUGGACAUUAUUGCUACGGACAUGGACCCGGCUGUCAGUGAUGUCUUUUCGACGCUUCUGCCUGUGCGUCCGCAGCUUGCUACAUCAUGGGGCUCUGUCCUGGCGCUCCCUCCCUGGGCGGCUGACGAAGCCAUCAUUGUACUUGACAUCCGUCAAUACGAUGACCGCUUCUACCCUGCGCCAGUUCCGAGGCUCUUCACCCGUGCGCAUGUUUUGCGAGUGGCAGCCUUGCCCGAGGAUCCCACAUUCCGGGUCUUUGCCUUUGGAGCGACGGUGCCCCUGGCCGACACUGAUGAGGCCGAAGUCAUUGUAGGAGGUAGCAUUGCCAUUGUCCCUGCUGGCAGAUCCCCUUCAAGACGUGGUCGGCUCACUCACAUGUUGGCACAUCCGGAAGCCUGGGAAGCCCGUGCAUUUCUCCCCAGAGGGCCAGGAGGUGAUCGCAGCCCCUAUCCGUGUCUUGUUUUUGAGGAGGGACAUCGUAUGCACGUCCUCGACAAUCCGCCAGGCCUCCACAUUGAAGCUCUAGCCAUGCGCUACGGCUACCAGCCACAUAUGACCACUGCCCAAGUCACCAGACCAAGGGUCGCCGAUAUGAGCUUCAAUGGAUACCACUGUAAGGGUGUCGGUCUAGUGUCAGGGGACAUGACCAGUGUUCGCAUCCCGCCCGCUCGGCUGCGACCCGGACUGUUCUUGUCAGUGGUCGAUUGCCGCCCCAUCCUACAAGGGGAUUGCGAUGCUCUCCUACGUGAUGUUGUCAUACUGCCCCCGCAGGCGGGACUGGUCUUUGAGGCAGAAGUAGCCUGGCCAUGCAUCGAGUGUGAGUGCACUUUGGCACCACGCCUGCAGUGGGCCAAGCUUGGCGUAGAUUUGUUCAGGCACCCUCUUUCAUUUCCUCUCAAAAACUUGAUGCCGACGCAGUGUCGACUUCGUCCCGGUCAGCACUUGAGCGCCCCAACGGAGUCGCAUACCCACCCAGUAGCAGGAGAGCAACAGAUGCUUCAUACCUGGGAAGCUAGACAGCAAGGGCCCGGAGCACCGCCGCCUGUCUUCACUGUUGACAGGCCGGAUACAGGACCGCAGGUCGCGCAACCGGGCACACCGUUCACUGCAGUCUUUCUUGUCUUUGUGCAGGACUACCAGCCUGAGCUUGUUGAGGUCGAACUUUUUGCACCAUGUACCUUUGACAUUGCCAUGGCGACGGUCUCCCGCAGCCGUGGCCGCCGAGCCAAGUCGGACUUCCCCAUUCUGGCCCCUGCGUAUCCGCAGACCCUUUCCGGUAUCGGUCUGCUGUUGGCGCUGCCGGAUUGGCCACUCGAUGGUGUGCCCAUUCUGGUGGACUGUACACAGGUCGAUGGCAGAAUAUUUUCGGUCGUAGUCUCCCCUGUGAUGGACCGCUCCUCACUUCUUUCCUUGGCCGAGGUCCCUUUGGCGCAGCCUUUGCGUGUGUUCCUGGGAGACAUGCCCUGGCCCUUGGAACAUAGACAGCCGGUGCGGUUACAGGAGGGGGAUGUCGUCACUGUUGUUCAUGUUGAGCACGAGGUCAUGGUGCUCACCAAUUUACCGGACAUGCUGCUUUCAGCGCAAGGUUGGAGGACUGCCGAUGCCAUCCCCGGUGAGUUCUCGCAAUCAUUGCGGGUCCUAACAGAGGUUGAGCCAUUUCGCGCUCAGGCAGAUCCCUACCGCAGGCAGCUCUGGACGCAAGACAUCGCUGAUCACUUUGGUGUUGCACCACAGCGGCUUUGCCUUCGGCCACCGGUCCCUAACAUCCUCAACCACGCAGAUCGUGGACACCUAACGCUGCAAGUUCUUGUCGCUUUGUUGCGUCCGGCCCUGGGCCCAGUGCCAGACCUCUGUGUCCUCGACCUCCGUGCGUUGUGUCAAGGUGUUGUCUGGCAGCACACGGUCGAUGGCUUCUUUCAGCAAGCUGAGUUCAUGCGAAGGUUUGCCCGCUGGAUUCCUGAGCAACACCGGCUCAUCUUCGGCUGUGCCGAUGGGCAGGUGGAUUCAGAGCUUGACCGUGUUCCGGCUAUCCCAGGUAUGCUUUUCACGGCUAUCAUCCAGCCGUUUCCUCGCCCACGCCAGAUCCUGAAGGCCCACCAGAGACCGGAGGAGCGUCCCCGGGAGGGGCUGACCAGCACCCGGACACUCCUCAUGAGCCAGAGCCAGAAGGGGACGGCCUUAGCGGAGGCCCGGGGUCCUCCACCUCUGUCCUCCCACUGGGACGUUGCAUUCGGUGCUCAACAGACGCGCCCAGACCCACUCAGUCAUGGUGUGAUUGACAGUGUCCUCAAAUUUGAUGCCUUUCAGGUACACGGGGAGGAAUGGGCCUUUCAGACUUGGACCUUGCUUGAAGUGCUGGCUGACCAUCUCAGCACACAGCGGCCGCUCACGGAGUGUGGGGCUCUGGAACUGCAGUCCAUCAUUCCCGGACCAUACGGUCCUGCUACCGGAGCCACACUUGCGUCGGAUUGGCUUGACUGCGAUUUGAGUUCUCUCACGAGAGACUACAAGAUUCCGGAACACCUCCGUUUCGCGUUUGACAACCUUCCCGUUUGGACACGGGACACCGAGCUUGCCGGGAUUGCACAAAUCGCCGUCUAUACGGACGGCUCUGCGCCAGGCCAGCCGGGGGAGGCGCAGACCCCAGCAGCGUGGGCGUUCUCGGUGUGGGCUGAGACGCAUACCAGGUCCUACUUUGUUGGCGCCGCAGCGCAUUCGGCCGUGCCAGCCGACACACCCUUCUUCCUCGGGGAGGCCCGUGACGACGCCGUUACGGGCGAGCUGCUGGCGUUAGCAUGGGCGUUAUGCUGGGCUCUGGAGUUCGGACCUGCGCUGGCUGUGCCUUUGGUUUUCCGUUUCGACGCUACCAGCGUCGGCUAUGGUUCUUUUGCUACGGCACAACAGGUUUCUUACCCGGUAGCGGAUGACAGCCUUAGCCUUCCGGCCUUUGUCGGCACAUUGCGUCAGACACUUGACUAUUAUGACCGCUGUCUCCCCACAUGGCCUGCGGAAUGGCGACGUCACUCGCUCGCCGCCUGGGGAUGGCUGGCGCAUCCUGGAGCCACGGACCUCCCUUGCCUUCCGGCAUUUGAAGCUGAAGCCGCCCGGCUUCAGACCCUUGACCUGCCGGGCAAAUAUCCCGAUCAAGGCCUACGACAGGUUCAGCAGCCUGAGAGUGAGGUUACCUACCUCUUCCGUCUCAUGACCUACAACAUCCUCACCAUGUUCGAUCCCGGUGCACCACAGGGACGACGCCUCCGUACGGAGAGCAACGGCCUGCGAGUCAUGGGAAAGCGUCAGCUCGUCAAACAGCAACUCUUGGAGCAGCAAGUAUGGAUCACAGGGUUCCAAGAAACCAGGCUGCCCAACACCGGCAUGCUCCCGGAUGCAGACUUCUACAUGUACAGUGCAGCGGCCAAUGAUCGAGGCCAAGGCGGAUGUGCAGUUUGGAUCAACAAGACCUGUGCUUAUGCCACCGAGAGGGGCCGCGAACUGAAGGUUGCCCCAGACCAUGUGACUGUUCUUGGCAGCUCUCACCGACACCUCCAUUUGCUUGUUGAGGCCCCUCGACUUUGUCUGCAGGUACUGGUGGCUCACUGUCCUCGAGUGAGCACCAGUGGAGCCGAGGCACCCAAAGAGUUCUGGGAUGGACACGUCUCUGCCCUCUCUCGACAUGCUAAUCACGCUUCAACUGUGGUGUUGGCCGAUGCCAAUGGGAGACUCGGCGAGGUUGUUACUGGCUCGGUAGGAUCAAUCGGAGCGGAACCCGAGGAUCUUGAAGGAACCGCCUUCCAUGACUUUCUCCUGCAGAUUGCAAGCUUCCUUCCGGCUACCACCGAAGUUCACUCCGGGACCCACCAUACCUGGUUUGGUCCUGAUCCCAGUGUCAGCCACCGCAUCGACUAUGUUGCCGUCCCCAACACUUGGCAUGACAAGGUGCUUUCUUCCUGGCUCUGGUCAUCUUUCGAGGCUCUACAGGCCCGCCAAGACCAUGUCCCAGCCUGCCUGGAAGUUGGAUUCGUGAAGUCAGACUACCUCCAGCCAGCUACCCUUGACCUUGUCAGCCGAAGGCGAGCCCUUCGGGAGUACCUGGAAGCUGAGGAGGUAGAACGUAACCGACACUGGCUCUCGGAGAUCGACUUCAGCAUUGCCCAGGCUGUCGCCAUGUUGCGGGAUACCACCAGGGCCAUCAAGGCCGCUGUCAUGCGGGACCGCAUCACGUAUUUGGAUUCCUUGCGCGAUGAAGUGGCGCUACAGGACAGUCGCAAUCCCAAAGCACUAUACUCUGCCGUCCGCAAGGCGUUUCCUGCAGCGCGUUCUUCACGACGGACUUCCUUCCGGCCACUUCCGGCUGUUCGUCUCGAGGAUGGCCGUCUGGCUUCUGACAGAGAGACCUGCCUGGCGCGUUGGCGUGACUUUUUUGGCAGUCAGGAGGCAGCCGAGCCUGUUACCCCCAGCAUGUACGCCAGUCGUUUCGCGUGUCCUGACAUUCCUGUGCUGCCGGAGGGGCCCCUGUUCUGUAUACAUGAUGUACCCCCUUUGAGCUCGCUGGAGAGACAUGUACUUCGUGCCAAGCCGGGUAAAGCCUGUGGUGCUGACGGAAUCACUAGCGAGUUGCUUCAGUUGGCCCCCGCUGCUGUUGCACGCUCUUUAUACCCGGUGUGUCUGAAGACUACGCUAGGUGUCCGUGAACCGUGCGAGUGGCGAGGAGGCACGCUGCUCAGCCUGGCCAAGAAGGCUGCUACAGCUCUGGAGUGCAGCGGCUACCGCUCGAUCCUUGUUGAAAGCGUGGCGGCCAAACUUCACCACCGCAACCUGCGUGACCUUUUGUUGCCUUCACUAGCUUCUUACUGCGAUGAGCUUCAAGCCGGCCAACUGCAGGGCAUUGGGGUUGACACGGUUGGACUGGCGGUUCGCACGUAUCAGCACUGGGCUUUAAGCGCUGGACAGGUUUGUGCCUUGACGUACUUCGACGUCAAGUCGGCCUUCUACAGAGUCAUCAGACAAGCACUCGUUCCCACGGGUCCCACCUUGGAUGAUGCCCGGCUUCUGCGCUUACUGAGCGAUCUUGCCAUCCCGUCCGGGGCUCUCCCUGAGCUGAUGAGGCACCUUCAUGGCCUAUGCAUUCUUCAGGACGCCAAGGUUGGGGGCUUCCUCCAGGCACAAGUGUCGGACCUCUUCCGAGGCUCUUGGUUUAGACUCGACAAGGAUGGAGUCGCCAUGCUCACCGCCAGGGGGUCCCGCCCAGGCGACCCCCUGGCGGACGUCCUCUUUGCUUUCACUUUUGGCGCCUAUGUUCGGGCUGUGAAGACUGCGCUGACGCAACGAGGGCUCUCCACACCGGUUCCACAGGUUUCUUCCCCUCCCCCGUGGCAUACAUGGGAGCCGGUGCACACCCUCGGUCUGCCAGCUUGGGCCGACGACUAUACUCAUCUGCAGUCAGCGCAGCGCCCGCCUGAACUGAUAGACAGGGUUGUCCGGGCCACCAGUCUAGUUGUUGAACAGGCGACCAGUCUGGGCAUGACCCUCGCAUUUGCGAGGGACAAAACCGCGACUUUGUUGGCGAGCAACUGUCCCCGUACUGACAGCCCCCACAUCCUGCAUGACGACAAGGAUGGGACCUACAUGCUCAUACGCGAUGACAUUGCCUGUGUUACCCACCAGCUACCGGUCAUCGACGCGUACCGCAUGAUGCGCCCCCUCAGGGGCAGACUCUUCUCCGACGUGCGAGUGCCACUCACCCUCCGCCGGACUUUCCUUCACAGCCUUGUCCUCUCUCGCUUUACGUUUGCCAGCUCGACUUUGGAUUUACACGCUGCGCAACAUCGACGGACCUGGUGUCGACACUACGUUCUGUUGUGGAGAGGCUUGCUACGCUGGAAGGAUAGGGAUGACAGUCCUCACAGUUAUGCCGUCCUGCAAGCCGCAAAUGCGCCAUCGCCCUUGCUGGCUCUGGCACAGACGCGAGCUUCGUUUUUGGGCCGCCUUUUGCAAAAGGGACCAGGGGCUUUGCUGCACCUUCUCCAUGCACACUGGCGUCAGGCGCCCUUGAAGUCCUGGUUGGGUGCAUUUGUACUGGACCUGAAGGCGGUUGCUGUAUAUGUGAAUGCGGCGGCUGACUUGCUCCGCAUGUCUUGCCCGGUCACCGCGCUGCUUGAGGCGGUGCAGGACUCUCCAUCGUGGUGGAAAGCCCGGGUCAAGCAGGCCAUACAGAGAUUCUGCGAGGACCUCGCCAACUGGCGACCUUGCCGUACAGCACCGGGGCAGACGCAGUCAACUACUGCCGACCGACCCUACGUCUGUGACGAAUGCGGGGACAGGUUUGUCUUGCGAAAGCACUUGGGCGUGCAUCUCGCACGCCGACAUGGUCGCCUCAGCCCGUCGCGACACUACGCGCUCGGACCGCAAUGCUUGGCCUGCAUGAAGCAUUAUCACUGUGUGCGCCGAGUCCAAGCGCACCUCAAACACUCGCCCUCUUGCCUUGCGCGACUUCUGCAUGUGUUUCCGCCUCUUUCCGUGGCGCAGAUCACCGAGGUUGAAAGUGCAGACGUUAAGAUACAGAAGCAAGUCCGGGGAGGGCAUUGGGGUGCAUACGUUGCAGCCUUACCUGUGCAACAGGCUCUCGGGCCAAGGCCACCCAUCUACACCGAGAUCACGGGUGGCGAUGGUUCCGAAGACAUCGAUCUGGCUCGACUUGCCAGGUUGUUCCGACCAGCUCCCGGAACCGUGCAGUGGGUCAUGGACCACAUCGCACAGGCUUCGGUCGAGGGUGCCAGGGACUCUGCACAGGACUUUUGGCUACAACGGCCUUUACCUUUCUUCAACCAGCACAAGUUCUUUCUGCUCAUAGAAGUGUUGUCCUCGACGCCGCAGGUCUUCACCAAAUGGACUGGCUGGAUCGAGUCCAAACUUCGUCAGCUUGUGAAGCACCUGGAACAGAUCCCGUCUGUGCAAGUCCGGCCGUGGCCCAAUCAUAUCCCUUUCCAGGAUCCCGACUGGAAGCACGCCCUCUCCAUCUUCAUGGGCCUGACCUUGGAGAAAACAGGCGGGCGCCAAGGUCAAGCCGUGGACCUUCGAAAAACCGUCACCCACUUCGUCGAAAUCAUCAAUAGCUGGCCGGACAAGUCGCAGCACUCCGGUCAGUGUGAGAUGCGGGCCUUUGCCUCGGAGUCCGAAUCGAAACAAAGAUCCCCUGCAACGUCUGAGCAACAAUCCGUGGGCGACGCGGCUUUGAAGCGGCAGCUGGAUCCUGGGGACGGCCUACCACCACCAUGCAGGCAAAAACUUUCUCAGGAGCACGAGAAUUCGGAUGACUCACCGGGGACCGCGAUGGAUGUGCAGGUUUUGAUAUUGCCAUUCUCCCCAGCUUCAAAGAGGCAGCAGAAGGAGCUGUACCAAGCGGCUCGCUCCGGUGGAUUAGACGAGGUUGAAACUCUGCUACAGCUUCCCAGAGACCCGGAUGCCGCAGUCGAUGCUUUCGGUCGUACAGCGCUGAUGCAUGCAUCUGAGAGGGGCCACAUUGGGGUCGUAGAGCUUCUCUUAGAAGCUCGUGCUCAGGUGGAUCUGUGCAACAACUACGGUGGCGCCGCGCUCACGGACGCAGCCUCCUACGGUCGGUAUUGCGUCGUGCAGUUGCUGAUGGAGGCAGGUGCUCAAAAGGAUUUGCGAAACAAUCGUGGCCGCACCGCGCUGAUGGAUGCUGCAAUCAACGGCCAUGCUCAAGUCGUUCAGUUGCUUCUGGAAUCUGGUGUUGACAAGGAUUUGUGCGACGAUUUAGGCCUCACUGCACGAAUGAUGGCUAAAGCAAGGCAACACGAUGAAGUCCAGCGAUUGCUGGAGACCGAGGGUGCGGCAGAUCAGCAAGAAAAUGAGGUGAAGAAUGGCGAUACGAAUAUCGGGCCCUUAACGAUUAGAAUCGGGUUUGGGGGGCUUUAA